CUGGAAGAAAAGAGCGGAGCGACUAUAAAGAGCGGGGGCGAAAAAGCAAGAUAUGAAAAAAUAAAAGUCGGUGUUUUUUUUUUUUUCUUUUUUUUUCCUUUUUUUUUUUUUUGCACUAACAAAUUAACGACGGAUAUCUUUUCCGGAAUCGGAUUUUAAACGAUCUCGUCUGCAUUUUUAAGGAGAAGCAGAGAGUGAGUGAGAGAAAGUCAUCAAUGAAAUGACUCUAUAUGGACACUAUGAACCCUCCAGGAUCUGGAUAUUAAACACUGCCUACAGUAACAAAUAAUAAUGAUAUAAUAAACGUGAACGUUUGCUAAACAUGCUACAUUUAUUGGGAAAUCGGGAAAUCUGCACUGUAGGCUGAACCUGCAACCUACCCUCUUCUGAGCCUUUCCAUUCCUUUGAUGUGAUUUUGUCUCUUUUUUUUGUUCAAGAAGGACCAUCACUGUAUAACCUGAUGCGUCCUCGAAGCGUGCAUGUGUGGCGCAAUGGGUCGGUGUGUGCUUAGCUAGCCAUAAAUCCGUUACCAUGGCUCAGACGAGUUUACUGCAGGGAAAGCGCUUCUACUGCCGGGAGUGGGUUUUCCACAAGAUCCAGCACUGCCUCCAGGAGAAAACUGGCACUUCCUGCAGCUCAGGAAGGGAAGGUACGCCCAUCUCAGGGGGUGGCCCCUCAUCAGGUGCAGGGAAAUCAGGAUCAUGGGGCGUUUUGCUGGUUGGAGGACCAGGAAGCGGCAAAACAGCACUUUGCACUGAGCUGCUAUGGCCAAGCUCGCAGCACGGCAAUCAUCGCGGUUUAAGCCAAUUCUGCCUCGCAUUUCACUUCUGCCGCGCUGACGAUUCUGACACGGUGUGCGUGAGUGGGUUCAUACGAGGCCUCGUGACACAAAUCUGCAGAAGUGGGCUCAUACCACAGUAUGAGGAGAAAAUUCGUGACUCUGCCAUCCAGAACACAUUGAAGCCUGGAGAGUGUGAAAGGAACCCGAGCGAGGCAUUUAAAAGGUGCGUGCUGUUGCCACUUUUGAGCUGCACUCCUCCUCCUCAGGCCCUGUUUCUGCUCGUCGACUCCAUAGACGAGGGAAUGAAAGGUGGAGGGACAGAGUCAAGCUCCGGCCCCUUGAACCCACGCAGCAUAGGCGAGCUUCUGUCCUCCCACCAUGAACAACUCCCACCUUGGCUCCUCCUCAUCUGCUCCGCCCGUCGCCAGAACAAAAACAUAACCAAGCUUUUUACAGGUUUCCGCAAAAUCAGUCUGGAUGACCUACGCAAAGCUUACAUUGUUAAGGAUGUUCAGCAAUACAUCCUGCAUAGGCUGGACCAAGAAGAGGCACUACGGCAACACCUGACCAAGGAGACCGCAGAAAUGUUGAACCAGCUCCACAUUAAGAGCAGUGGUUGUUUCUUGUACCUGGAGCGUGUCCUGGAUGGCGUGGUUGAUAACUUCAUCAUGCUCCGUGAGAUCCGCGACAUCCCAGGAACGCUAAACGGACUCUACCUGUGGCUCUGUCAAAGACUUUUUGUCAGAAAACAAUUUGCCAAAGUACAACCCAUCUUGAACGUCAUUCUGGCCACAUGCAGGCCUUUGACAGUGAAGGAGCUGUAUCAUGCAGUCUGGACUAAAAACAUGACUUUGACUAUGGAGGAGUUUCAGAAAAAGAUGGACAUUCUUUCCAAAUUGCUUGUGGAUGGGCUUGGAGGUACCAAGAUUCUUUUUCACUACAGUUUUGCUGAGUGGCUACUUGAUGUUAAGCACUGCACUCAGAAGUACCUUUGCAAUGCUGCUGAGGGUCACCGCAUGAUGGCUAUGAGCUAUACGUGUAGAGCCAAACAGCUCAAACCUCUGGAGGUGCAGGAGUUUGCUUUUCACUUGAUCAACUCCAACCUGCAGAUUGAACCUUUUAACCUGGCUCUGUGGAUGGUGUGGAAUGGCACACCUGCAAAAGACUCUCUUUCUACAUCCAUUCCCAAAGAGCAGGAGGUUUUGCAGCUUCUGGUCAAAGCUGGAGCUCACAUUAGCAAUGAGGAUGAUCAUGCUUCAUGCAUUGUUCAGCAAGCACUGGAGCGAGAGGAUUCUAUCCGCACUUUGCUUGAUAACGGUGCGUCGGUUAACCAAAGUGACCCAAGUGGACGGACUCUAUUGGCUAAUGCAGCGUACAGUGGCAAUCUGGAUGUGGUUAAUCUGCUCAUUUCCAGAGGUGCCAAUAUGGAACUUGAGGACAACCAUGGACAGACACCACUCACACUUGCUGCCAGACAAGGACACACCAAGGUAGUUAACUGCCUGAUUGGCUGCGAUGCCAACAUCAACCAUACAGAUCAUGAUGGGUGGACAGCAUUAAGAUCUGCAGCUUGGGGGGGUCACUCUGAAGUGGUAUCAGCACUCCUCUAUGCAGGUGCUAAGGUUGACUGUGCAGAUGCAGACAGCAGAACUGCACUGCGAGCUGCAGCAUGGGGAGGUCAUGAAGAUAUUGUCCUUAACCUUUUACAGCAUGGAGCAGAAGUCAACAAGGCUGAUAAUGAAGGAAGGACUGCACUCAUUGCGGCAGCCUACAUGGGACACAGAGAGAUUGUUGAGCACCUGCUGGACCAUGGUGCUGAGGUAAACCAUGAGGAUGUUGAUGGACGGACAGCUUUGUCUGUUGCGGCCCUUUGUGUCCCUGCUAGCAGAGGCCACGCCUCGGUGGUUAGUCUUCUGAUAGAUCGUGGUGCAGAAGUCGACCACUGUGAUAAAGAUUGCAUGACUCCUCUUCUGGUUGCUGCCUACGAAGGGCAUGUCGAUGUAGUGGAUUUGCUUUUAGAAGGAGGUGCAGAUGUUGACCAUACAGACAAUAAUGGAAGAACUCCUUUGCUUGCUGCAGCAUCCAUGGGACAUGCUUCUGUUGUCAAUACGUUGCUUUUUUGGGGUGCAGCCGUGGACAGUAUUGAUAGUGAAGGGAGGACUGUGCUUAGCAUUGCAUCUGCUCAAGGGAAUGUAGAGGUGGUCCGAACUCUGCUGGACAGAGGCCUUGAUGAAAAUCAUAGAGAUGACGCUGGUUGGACACCUUUGCACAUGGCAGCAUUUGAGGGACAUAGGCAGGUGUGUGAUGCCCUCAUUGAACAAGGUGCUCGAUGUUCAGAGGUUGACAAUGAUGGACGCAUACCCUUGAUCCUUUCUGCUCAGGAGGGACAUUAUGACUGCGUGCACAUCCUUCUGGAGAAUAAGUCUUGCAGUGAUCAGAGAGGGUAUGAUGGAAGAAACUCCCUUAGAGUUGCAGCGAUGGAAGGACACAGAGAUAUUGUUGAGCUUUUGCUGAGUCAUGGAGCCGACAUAGACUACAAAGACGCCGAUGGCCGCCCGACCUUAUACAUACUGGCGCUUGAAAAUCAGCUAGGCAUGGCUGAGUAUUUUUUAGAAAAUGGAGCGAAUGUAGAGGCAAGUGAUACUGAGGGCAGGACAGCACUUCAUGUUUCCUGUUGGCAGGGUCAUGUGGAAAUGGUGAGGUUGCUGAUUAGCUACCAUGCAGAUGUGAAUUCUUGUGACAAUGAAAAGCGAUCUGCUCUUCAGUCUGCUGCAUGGCAAGGUCACAUGAAAGUUGUCCAGUAUUUGAUUGACAAUGGCACUCAUGUUGAUCACACUUGCAAUCAGGGAGCCACCGCACUUGGCAUUGCUGCUCAAGAAGGUCACAUCGAUGUAGUACGGAUUCUUCUUGAGCAUGGCGCAGAUCCAAACCAUGCAGACCAGUUUGGUCGUACAGCCAUGAGGGUGGCAGCCAAAGGAGGCCACUCAAUGAUCAUCAAGCUUCUAGAGAAAUAUGGUGCCACUAGUCUGAAUGGUUGCAAUCCAUCACCUAUACAUACGAUGGAGCAGAAGACCCCACUGUCCGUUACAGGAAAGAUGCAGUCACUUACUAUCAAAUCCAGUAGUUCUGGCAGUACAGGAGCUGGAGAUGUUCAAGCAUCUGUUCGAGGUUUAUCUAAUGGGCCCGUUCAUGCAUUCAGCUCACCCUCCGAAUCUCCAGACUCCACAGUGGACAGACAGAAAUCCUCCCUUUCCAAUAAUUCCCUGAAAAGCUCAAAGAAUUCAUCGUUGCGAACUACUUCCUCCACCUCGACAGCGCAGACAGUGCCCAUAGAUAGUUUCCAUGGACUUAGCUUCACAGAGCAAAUACAGCAGCACUCUCUGCCUCGAAGUCGCAGCAGACAGUCUAUAGUUUCCCCUACUUCGACCACAAAGUCCGUCGGCCCACAGCCUGGAUCUCCUAGCAGUGAAUAUGACUGGAGUCAAGUGAAACCAGGUCUGAAGUCCUCUAAAGGAGGAAAGAGUGGAAAUGGGACAAACUAUUGCACAAGAAAGGAAGGAUCUGCAGAUAAGAAGAAAUCUAAAAACAGUGGUGCCCUUCCACAUGGUCAGGUUUUGGAAUAUGAGAUGACUCAAUUUGAUAAAAGAGUUGCUCUCAACAAGUCAGUCUCCAACUUUGCAGUAAAGGAUCCUCAUUGCAAGAUUGUGCUAGGUGGCUCCAACACUCUGGACUCAAGCCAAUCGCAGGAGCCAUAUUAUAUACAACAGCAGAGUUGUGCUGAGAAGAAAAGAAAUGGGAUUAUGACCAACCCUAACUAUCACCUACAGGGAAAUCAAGUCUAUUUAGGGAGAGUCUCAGUACCCAGAACUGUGCAUAACAGGAGACAUCAGGAAGUUCUUGACAACUACCCAUUAGGGGAGUCUGAAUUAAGCCUUAAACAAGCUCUGAAACUGCAGAUUGAAGGAUCAGAUCCUGGGUUCAACUACAAGAAAGAGACACCAUUAUAACUGGCAUCUUAAACUGAAACCCUCAUCCAGAUGUUAUGGAGAAUGUGCCAAAGCAGCUGUUUUCAUCGGGAAAAAUAUAUAUCAGGGGUUGUAUGUAGAAAAAAUUGUAGAAAAAGAUUGAAAGUGCUUGAGCUAGAAUCAGAUAUUAUAUCCUAAUAAAUUUGAAUACAACAUGAAAUGAUCAGAAAGGAACUGAUCCCAGAUCGGCACUUAAAUCCUGCAGUGUACAAACAUGCUCCCAGAAACCAUUGCUACUCAGCCCUCAGUAAAACACCUCAGCUUAGUAUAAAAAGGAGGAGGAAGAAAUGGAAAAAAAAACUGUGGAAACCUUAGGGAAAUCUCCUGUUUGCAGCAUAUGGUAAAUAAUAUGAACUGAAUAUCUAUGUGCCUACCGAUGUUACAGCCUACUCAUAUUCAUGCACACCAUCAUUUUUAAUUUAAUGUAUUGCUAUUUAAUAAGCCAUUUAUGCACUUUUUUAUUUUUUCUGAAAUGAGAAAAAAAAAAAAUCUAAUCACUUAAGCUUGGUUUUUUGUUUUCAUUCAUUUGUAUGGUGCUUGUUUUUUAAUUGUCUUAUUAUUUAGUGUUUUUGUUUAUCACUUUUCUACCUGUAUAAAAACAAGUCAAAUGUAUCAGCUGAUCAAGGAAAAUAUCAAGAAUUUCACAAUAAUCAACUCUGGAAAAAAAUAAUUAUCAAAAAUCAAAAUUACCUCCAUAACUCUCAAAAUCUUGUUGUUCUUUCACAAAGUCAGUCGGUAUACAUUCAAUAGUAAUGGCAGAUACAACAUACUCCCCUUCUUUGUAUUCAAUCAUAUUUAUUUUUGGGGAAAACAAGCCACUUUUAGGGCCUUUUUACACCUGGUCACUUCAUGCGUUUUCUCUGAUCCGAUAGCUAUCUGAUUUGUUAAAACUAGUCCAUUUACAUUAGGCCACAUAAAUGCGUCUCGGCGAAUCGGAUAUCAAUCUGAUCUUUUUACUCCCACCCAAUAUGCAAAUAUAUUUUACCUCAUUUCCUGGGUAAUUGAAAUGGAACACACUUUGGUGUAUGCGGUUGUUACAAAAAACAGCAUUUACUGUUUGCUGCAUUUUCGCUGGCGGCAGCAGUGCAGUAAGACCCAACGAGACACCUGGGUGAAAGAUCGGAGCCAGCACUGGUGGGAAAACAUAUUUGUUUCUGGCGCGAUGCACGACUUGCGAGUCACCUGCGAGUGACGUACUUCCGUUUGGGAGGAGUAUAGCGCUGACCUAUGUGGCUUGAACAACCACAUUCAUUUCAUUUACACCUGUCCAGUUUUCUUUUUACCAUCGGAUAGCUAUCGGAUCACAGAAAACGCAUGAAGUGACCAGGUGUAAAAACGCCCUUAGUUGUCAUACUAUUUCAUGGUGCUGUGCAAGUUUUAUUUGCUAUUACGAUUGUUUUUUAACUCUCUCACCUACAUUUUCUUACUUUAGCUUGUUUUUUUUUUUUUUGUUUUUUUUUUUAAAUCUUGUUUAUUGUAGUAUUACCAAUGCCCUGAGGCUGAGGGUUUAUGUGACUCUGCCUUGUAUUUUUAUUUAGUCCCUGUGGGACCUUUUUUUAUUUUUCUUUUAAACAAAAAAACCUUUAUUAUUAAGUUGAAUUAUUUACAGUCAUAUUUAAACAUGAAUAGAAUUUGGUGCUAUCUAUGGUUUAAAAAAAAAGGUUUUGUGUAAUAAAAAAAAUUGACUGUAGGUUCAAUUCCCCCCAGAAAAUUUUCCAGACUAUAAGACUUUCUUUUUGAGAAUGUACUCUGUACAAGUCUAUACAACCAAAUAACAUGUUAUACAAUAUCCAUCCAAGUGGAAGUGAAUUUAUUUACACACAUCAUCAUGGCAAGCACAAAUUACCAUUUUUUGGGGGGUUUUUAUUCGAUUUGAUUUGAUGCCAUUAUUCAACUUUAUUUGCCUCUACCAACUGGUUCAUCAUGGCUGGACAUAUCCUGUCUGUCAAGGAAAAUCUUCAAAGUGCAAGUUUUUUCUUUCUCUGGUUGUUGAACCAACUUCAGUUCAGUGCCUGGACUACUGUUUUUUCCACCCCUGAUUACAUCAACUCUAAAUGACGUCUCCGUUAAAAUUCUCAGCUUAACAUUUCUUCAUAAAUGUAUUUGAAAGAUCCUGUGACUUACUCGAGACUUAAACAAGAAUGUAUAGGCUAAUAAUUUUAAUAGUUUUGUUUAUGGUCAUACUAUGACCUUAACCACAUCAGUAAAAUCUGUGUAAAGCACUGGUCGAGAUUUAAGAAUGAUAAAAUCAUCAUUGCAAAUUUAGGUACAUUAGCCUUAUAGUUACAAUGCAAACCUUAGGAAAUAAACACUGUACACCAGACGCUAAUUUCGGGUUUUUACCAACUUGUUCACCACAUUAUUCACAUUAAUCUUUUUCUUAGACUUUUGAAAGGAAACAGCAUAUAGGUUUUAUUUUCUCAAAUGUCUUAUAGUAUGAAAAAUACAUUUUAAAUCCAUGUCUUGGCAUCGACUGUCAAUGGGACAAUUCUCUAUCAUUACGCUAAAGCCGAUGAAAUAGAAAAAUGUCUCUUUGUCAAAAUAUUAAACUGAUGAAAAACAAACAUGACAAAGAGGCUGGAAAUUUUCAUGUCUAUUAACAUAUCAAAGUAAUCCAUAGUUUGGGUUUUAGGGCAUCAUCUGAAAUAUGUUCUCGUUAUGCCAAAGUUGAAACAGUACCGGGAGAGCGAGUGAACCUGUACGAGUCCAGUGUAUAUACUGUAGCGCUUCGUUUUACGCUGCUGGCAGUGAGAGCUGAAGAAUAAAAGAAAGGUAAAAGCAGAAAAUAAUAAUAGACAAUAAUAAUAAGACCUUUGAAAGCUCAGGAUGUCUGAACAAGAGCCUUUCAAACUAAGGUAAAGAGAGAGAGAGCAAGAGAGAGAGAGAGAGUCUUUUGAAAAAGGAAUUCUCUACAGUAUUCAGAAAUGUUAAGCCAUCUGUUGACCUGCAGUGUUGCUUUAUUAUUUUUUUCUGUUCCUUCACCCUGCAUGUCUGUCUGUCUCUUGUCUAUUCUGUGUAAUAUCCCAUCCUUUGGGUCUGAUGAAAGAAGUGUGAGAAUGGACAUUGUAAAUAGCUUGACCAUGUACAUUUAAACUUCACUUUUUUUUCUUGUAUCAUAUUAAGGUGAUUUUUUUUUCUGACGUAUAUUAAAGUGCUUAAUAAACAUAUUUGCUUUACUGCUGAA